ACCAAGGCGAUGUUUCUGUGACGCGUCUCUUUUUGUGAAUGACGUUUUACACACGACACCAUUUUCAUGGUUGACGAUAGCUUACUUUUGCACAUAUUUCCCCGAUUUUUUGACAAGACCAGCGCAUUUCAACCAAUUUAAGCAGUGGUAAACCCCAAAAAUGGUGCGUCCAGUGAAAAGACGCAACUCAUCUGUGGCGUACACCAAAUAUCUCAUAGAGGCAAUCAAAUACAUUAGGCAUCAGAAACAGAUUCCAAAUGUGGACAGAAUCUCUCGUUACAUGAACCGAGAGUACGGUCUCUCAGAUCAGUUUGUGGAGAAACACCUCCAUUACGCGGUGAAGGACAGCAUCAUCCACUCUUACAUGGCGGUCGGCAAGAAAGGGAGCAUGACUGGGGUGGAGCAGGAGGGCUUUAAAAUUCCAGAGGAUGAGGAAGAAACUAGAGGGGAUCAUGACUGGUACUGCUUUGAGUGUCACACCGCGGGGGAGGUCCUCCCCUGCUCGGACUGUUGGAGAGUGUUUCACCCCAGCUGUACCCUGGAGGAGUGGACUGGACCCAAAUUUACCUGUAGCAUCUGCAAGGCAUCCAGAAAAAAGAAGAAAAUCAAGAGAAGAAUGCUGAAUACAUUGUUAGGUUACACAAUACAAAGAAUGAAAGAGAAAACCAAAGAGCUACACAAGAUAGGGCACAGGGAGGAGGAAAAGAAGUUUGAGAAGUUCUUUGUGUACAAGACGAUGGAUCUGAACCACAUUGAGAUGAGGGUGGACCACCAUAAAUACAAGACGCUGGAGGAGUUCAUGGCCGAUAUUCAGCUGAUCUAUCACAACGUGUACCUUAUAUAUGGAGAGGAAAAGAAAGGAAUGGUGGAUUUGGCCCAAAUACUGGUCACAGACUGUAAAUAUGAUAUAGAAGAAAUGAGGCAAUGCAAGAAUUGUUACUACAUGUCCAAUGCCAAACCCAAGGAUUGGUUUUGUCAGCCCUGUAAUCCUCCACAUGAACUAGUCUACGCAAAAUUAAAGGGCUACUGCCAUUGGCCGGCCAAAGUGAUACGUUACGUGGCAGAUAAAUAUGACUGCCGAUUUUUUGGUGCACCUCAUCAAAGAGCUCUUAUACCUAAGGACAUGAUUAAACCUAUUGAAACUAACAUCAAAACCCUAACAGUGAAAAGAUCAGCAGGAUUUGUAAAAGCAUGUGAGGAGCUGGCCAAACAUCAGAGACUGCUGGCAGAGAAACACUACACUGAUGACAACUCUGACUCGGACGAGAGUCCCGCGGACAGUGACCAGGGGCCAGAGAAGAUGGAGAUGGGGGGAUUGGAGGAGGAUGAGGAGGGAGAGGAUAGCAGUCCACUGGAGGUCAGCUCAACCAGUGUCAGUCCAAUGAAGAAACGCAUCUGUCUGAAGGCUCCAACCCCAGAAGACAAUAACCUUGUGACCUCCAGUGAGGACAAAGUUCCCAAGGUCACCAUGUUGAAUGCUUCCAGUCAAACCAUCACAAAGCUAACCAAGAGUCAGAGUAUACAGACAGACCAAGAACCAAAACCAGAUUCAACCAGUAUCAAACUGGAUCCAGCCCAACCAAUCCAGUGCAGUCCAGAUGCUUCUGAUGCUAAAAAUGGUGAAGAUGAGGCCCCUGUACUGACCCCCAACAAUGGGGCCACAGAGGGGAAAUCAUCAGAAAUGUCCUGUAAUUGUGAUGAGAAGUACGAGAAGGUGAUAAGUGACUUGAAGGCUAAAAUGGAAAAGAACCAUCAGGACGAUAAAGAGAAAGCCCUGGAGGAGCUCUCAGAUAGGCUUCAAAAAGACUUUGAAGAGGACAAGCAGCAAGCAGUGUCGCGGGCGAUGGCCAACAUGAACCGCGAAAUCGAACGCACCAAGCAAACCACGGAGGAGAAGUGCAAGAAAGAAUACAUGGAGGAGAUGAAGAAACUGGCAGCUAAACACAAAGAUGCAAUAUCAGCGACCAAGAAAAAACAAUGGUGCUAUAACUGUGAGGAAGAAGCCAUGUACCAUUGCUGCUGGAACACCUCGUACUGUUCUGUCAAAUGUCAGCAGGAACACUGGCACAAGGAGCACAAACGCGUCUGUCGACGGAAACGGUAGCCAUGGCAACCAACGCACUCCGUCAUCCUUCAGACAAAGGGAGACCACUGGCUUCAAGAAGACUCGAGUGAGCGAUUGUGAUGAGACAAUUUCUCUGAAUUUAAUGAUAAAAACUUGUGAAGUUGAAAGACGUUCCGUCAGCCAUGUUGAAUUUUGUUGCAGCAGACUUAUAAUGAGAAGAGUUCUCCAGUUUAGUCAAUAUAUAUUUUUUGUUGCCAUUCGUUUCAUAGAUUUAAAAAAAAUGUCAGAUUGUAGAUAUCUUGUAUGUUAGAGUGUCGGUGAAGGUUAACUGAGAUAAAAUCUCAAUCUUUAUCGAGAGAAAAAAAUCUUGUAUACACACAUAGUUAUAUUGUACAUACUGGCAUAUAUGUACCCAUAUACCUGUUGUAGAUUUUUUUAUUUUUUUCUUUCAAUUAUUGAUGAAUCUUUAUAUUUUUUUUUUUUUUAUUUUUUUUUUGACAAUUUGGAAAAAUUUAUAUUUGGGAUUUUUUUGAGUAUUUUGAUACUAAUAAACGUUGCAGGUUUUGCUUAUACUGAUUUAGUUUAAACAGUAAGUUUUAAUUUUGCUUUUUUUUUUCAUAUUCAUGUACAUGGAUUGCUACGUGAAUUAAAGAUUUUCUGACUGUUCAAUUACAUGGUAUUAUUAUUACAUGUAAGUCAGAAUUAGAACUUGCAUUUCUUUUUGAAAUUUUUAUCUUAUAGAAAUAAGAUGUCAGAUUUUUACAGAUACAACUUCAGACAGCUUUCACUUUACAUUGUUCAUAAUUACACAACUGGCGUUGAUUUAUUAUUAUCAUUCACAAUAGCUAUCAAUGUUGACAUAUUCUGUCAGAUUUAGCUUGUUGCUCAUUGCAUUUGUCAAUACUUGAAUAGAGUUGAAGUCAGUCUGAUUAAAAUCACACCUUCUGCUAGUGGAAGGUUUUAUUUAAAUCAGACUGGAGUUGAUUUUAAUUUUAAUUUUAUUUAAAUGCAAGGAAUUAAUAUCUGGGUAAAAUCGCAAUAAUCAGAUCUCACAAAUUUUAAAUCUCGUUUUUAUUUUUUGAAUAUAUGUAAACUACAUGAAACUAUGAUAAAAAUUCGGCAUUCGAGAUUUAAUGUUGUCCCGAUUUGAUGGAAAAUGUCUGAAUCGCGGAAUUAAGUACUCGCGUUCAAUAAGGAAUCUACAGUAAGUAGACUUUAUUGUAAUGAUUGAAAUCAGCAUCCCUCCACAUCCAUUGCAUUUAAACUCUAUACCUUAAACAUUCUACGAUGAAAGUAAACUUACAUCAAAUACAUGUAUAUUUAUAAAAUAUAUUAUAUACAAGAUAUUUGUCAUGCGUGUACAUUACUGGUAGAUUUAACAAAAUUGUAUACCAUCUUUUAUUCCUGAUGACUUAAUUUUGCUAUUUACCAAUUGAAAUAUAAACUAGUUUGCAGCGACUAAUUUUUCGGGAUGAAGAUGUAGAUUAUCUGGAAAAAAUAAGAUCAGUAGAGAAUUUUAAGGUCUGGUUUGCAUCGAGAAAAAUUUGUGAUAAUGAGGCUCUUGCGAAACCUUGCAAAAAUUUCUGUCAUGUGGAUAAAAGUUGAUAUAUAGUUACUGUAUUAAAAUGUUCAACUUGACUUCAUGUCUCACUUGCACACAUAUUAGAUAAUCAUAUAAUUACACUUACAAAUUGUAUUCCUUUCAAAACAUUUAAACAGUGUUCAUUAGUUGACGAUCGUAUUGUAUGAUUUUGCUCCAAGAGCAGUUUCUUAGGAUAUUUUUUUUUUUUUUUGCUUUUUCUUUCUUUUUCUUCUAAAUAAAUUUUCAGUAUGUGAAAAUGUCUCUGUUUGUUUAGGGAUUUAAUUUCUAAAAGAGGAACACAUGAAAUAGGAAAGUUAUUAAAUGUUAAAUUUAAAACAAAAACAAAAAAAGACAGUGAUGUAGGAAUGUAAAAAAAAAAUUGUUCUUGAAUGGCAGUUAUGAAAUAGAAUUGAAAUCCACUUCACAUGCCUUUGUACGAAUUUCUAAAUGUUGAUUUAAUUCACAUAUGUUCUGUAUCUCCUUAAACAUUUAUGAAAAAAACAAGAAUGAUUGUAUACAUACAGCUUUUAUAAAUAAAUGACAAUACAGUGUAUUUGAAUAGUUUUGGUAUGAUUUCUGUCUUUAGUUGGUAUUCUUGCUUAUUUGGUAUAUACAGUGUAUAUAAUGUUUUACUAUGAAAUUUUACCUCAUUUGGUUUGGCGUCCUUUACAAAUCAAUGGCAUUUUGUAUUUGCAGUGUACUUAUUCAGGUAAUUCUUACUUGUAGCUGGAAUCAUUCAAAUUUGCUGGGGCCAAAUUGUGUGGAUAGUUUAAACUUUCAGACUUUUGAAAAUCAUAUUUUUAUGAUUUAAAAAUUAUAAUCUUUCCAGUUAAUAAGAGUAUGUAAUAUGUGACUGUUCUAAACACUAAAGAUGAUGAAAAAUAAAUCCUGAAGUUCACAAUUACUAGUAUAUAAUUAUAUAUGUAUAAGGUAUUUUCAUACUUUAAUUUUCCAUGAUGUCUUUACAGAAUCUGAUUUGAAUUUUGAUAUCCGUAUUAAAUUUUAAAAAAGUCAAAUACUUGGCUGGAUUAAGUAAGCAUUCUCAUGAAAAAAUAUUUGGCCAAAUGAUUUCCAAGUUAAAGACAAUGUAGGCUUGAUAUACCUAUAGCAAUAGAAAUAACUCUUAUUUGGUAACUUGCGAUUAUCAAUCAAUGACAAAACUGACAAGUUAUAUAAUUUGCUUACUUUCAAAUUCUGCUUUGCAGGACACUAUGCUGAACUUGUUCACAAAUCAAAAACUGACGAUUUAGGUGGUUUUUAUUGUGGUUAAAUUUGGUUCAUUCGUAACUGUGUUGGUUCAAAAAUUUUCAGCUGUCCAUGAUUUUGUGUAGCAGGGGAAAAAAACCUUCAGUCCAAUUUUACUUUUUUUUAUUUACUUAAGAUCGUGUACAAUGUACAUUGUCGUAUAUAUAAUUUUACAUUUUCAUAGAUCUUUGAGAGCUAGAGAAAUUAUACUUGUGCACAUACUUAAUUAGUAAUAUGUUUUGAUAUUAAUUAUAUCAUCAAAUGGUUGAAAUGCAGGAAUAAAUGUGAAAACUAGAA